AUGGCACCCGCAAAGUCCGGCUCAGGUGCGCAGACCACCUUCACCCUGUCGAACGGUGUCAAGAUCCCCGGAGCUGGGUUCGGCACCUUCGCCAACGAGGGCGCCAAGGGUGAGUCCUACAAGGCCGUCAAGGUCGCUCUGCAGACCGGCUACAGACACCUGGACUGCGCCUGGUUCUACGGAAACGAAGACGAAGUUGGCCAGGCCGUCCGCGACUUCUUGAAGGAGACACCCUCGGUGAAGCGAGAGGACAUUUUCAUCUGCACCAAGGUCUGGAACCACCUGCACGAGCCGGCCGACGUCAAGUGGUCCUUUGAGAACUCUCUCAAGAACUUCGGCCUGGACUACAUAGACCUCUUCCUGGUUCACUGGCCGAUUGCAGCCGAGAAGACGGACGACUAUAAGCCCAAGAUCGGCGCCGACGGAAAGUACAUCAUCAAGAAGGACCUCACUGAGAACCCGGAACCAACAUGGCGGGCGAUGGAGGAGCUUGCUGAGAGCGGCAAGGCUCGCGCCAUCGGCGUCUCCAACUGGACCAUCGACGGCCUGAAGAAGCUUCUGAGCUUCGCCAAGAUCAAGCCCACCGUCAACCAGAUUGAGAUCCACCCGUUCCUGCCGAACGAGGCCCUGGUCAAGUUCUGCCUCGACAACGACAUCCUGCCCUCGGCUUACUCUCCACUCGGAUCGCAAGACCAGGUGCCCAACACUGGCGAAAAGGUGCGGACCAACAAGACACUCAACGAGACCGCCGAUCGCAGCGGGCACACGCUCGCCCAGGUGCUGCUGGCCUGGGGCCUGCGCCGAGGCUACGCCGUGCUGCCCAAGAGCUCGACGCCGUCGCGGAUCGAGAGCAACUUCCAGAUCCCGGAGCUGUCCGACGCCGACUUCGAGGCGGUCAACAGCGUGGCCAAGGGACGACACACUCGUUUCGUCAACAUGAAGGACACCUUUGGAUACAACGUUUGGCCCGAGGAGUCUGUCGAGGCGGGCACGGCUGUCGCUUGA